ACAUACAUACAUAGAAAGAACUGUUUAACUUUCAAGGAAUCUGCUUAUGAUGACUGAGUCUAUCUAUAGUCCCGCGUAAAUCAUAAAUCUAUGAUGAUUGAAUUUACUACGAAAUAGUUUCUAUCGUUCGAAUUUAAAAUAAUUAAACUUCCUUAUUAGAAAAUUUAUGCUUUUUUUUUUGUCGUUAUAAUAGGUUUAUGCCAGUUCUAUAAAUUAAGUAGAUGAUCCAUGUUCUGUAUUUGUAGUUAUACAAUCACAAUUCAAUAGAUCAAGAAAAACACUGCAUGCAACUCUUGGUAUCUCUCCGACAAUAUUUUUCCGGCAAUAUGAUGAUGAAGCAACGGAUAGUUCUGAAGAUGGAUUUGAGUGACGGUGAGAAAUCGAUGAAGAAAGCUAUGAAGAUCGCAUCUGCAAAAUCUGGUGUGAGAUCGGUCUCGAUUCAGGGACAGAACGAUCAGUUAGUUUUGUUGGGAGAAGGGAUUGACUUGGCGGAGCUAACACGUGAGCUCAAGAAGAAAGUUUGCAACACGAGUAUUAUCACCGUGCAGGCUGCACCGCCGCCGCCGCAACAGCCACAGCCUAUGGGCCAGUACAACCAGAUGCCUCCGGCUAGAAGAUGUACUUGUGAGAUACAAAACUCAGGAUUCUGCGGAUUAUGUUGUUCUAUGAGUCAGCAACACACUACUUAUCAUAUGGUACCAUCCCAGUAUCCUCCUCCUCCGGUGCUCUAUUGUCGUGAUGAGACCGAUGUUUGCAGAAUUUUGUGAUGUGACGCUUUGAGUGUGUUUUUCUUCUUCUUUUGUUGAGUUUUAAUCUUUUAAAAUAAAAAAGAUAAUCUUAUUAUUCGGAUCAUAUGAUGUAGUAAAAAAAAAAAGUGCUAAUUAAAUUCGUGGUGCUGUAAAUGUUUUGUUUAUGUUUUCGACUAAUUGAUGUAAAGUAUAAAUGUUGUGACAGUGAAUUAUAUUUUUUUUAUAUAUAAGAAAUUUGUAAGUUGUGUU